AUGCUACUAAUCCCUAUCUUCCUUGCCAUCAUAUCACUCACCUCGGUCUCAGCCUGUGGCCAUGACCUACAUCUCUAUCGUCGGCAACGAUCCACUACUUGGCAAUCCGCCGCUCAAUCGACCGAUCCAACGGUCGAGUGUGCCCCUUAUAGCUAUGCUCCAGUCCAAGCGGUCGUAAAAACUUACCCUGCCAUCUGGCAAAUCGCAAAUCUAUCUCAGCCUGGUCUCGAUCCGCAAGCUCUUCAAGUCUACAGUCAAAUCCAAUCGAAAAUCCCAAACAUCGCCGUCAAAGGAACUCCGACUGGCGAUUUCACCGCCACCACACCCAAUUACCCCCGCUCCGAUCCCGACUGUUGGUGGUCGUUCGGAAAAUGUACGAGACCCAAGUUGGCCGGAUUGAGUCCUGAUAUAUCCACUUGCCCCGAGCCGAACACCUUCGGUUUCACAUUGGACGAUGGACCCAACUGCUCACACAAUGCAUACUACGACUUACUUCGUCAGACUAAUCAGAAAGCAAGCCUGUUUUACGUCGGAUCGAACGUGAUUGAUUGGCCCUUGGAAGCUCAGCGCGGUCUGGCCGAUGGUCAUGAGAUUUGCUCGCACACUUGGUCCCAUAAAUACAUGACCGGUCUUACCAAUGAACAAGCCUUUGCUGAACUUUACUUCAGUAAAAAAAUCAUCAAGGAUGUUCUCGGGAUCACCGUCCAAUGUUGGAGACCUCCUUUUGGGGACACCGAUGACCGUAUUAGAUUUAUUGCUGCCAGCUUGGGGCUUUCGACUGUCCUUUGGGAUAAUGACGUCAACGACUUUAGGUUUGCCACUUUGGGUCAGGCUGCAGUCAAUGCAAAUUAUCAAAAUCUUUUGGAUGGGUCUGCCAGAGGAGACUUCAACACACACGGAACCAUCGUCUUGUCCCAUGAAUUGAACGGUGGGACCAUGAACACUAGCGCGGCAUACUUGCCGAAGAUUCAGCAAGCCUUUAAGCAUGUCGUCCCAGUUGCCGUUUGCCAAAACAUCAGUCAACCUUACCUCGAGACCGGCUACAACUAUCCAUCGUUUGCCGAGUGGGUGAAAGGUACUCGUGUUAAAAACAUUCCAGACCCUGUAUCUAAUCCAGGAGCACCACUCCAAAUCCCAAGCUCGCCUGCCCAAGGGUCGAGCUCAUACCCAUCCGCUGGUGCUAACACGGGCUCUGGUGGUGCUGCUCAGAAGAACGGAGCAGCAUCAGCCUAUAGGACCUCAAUCGAGCGUCUUUCCAUUCUUGGCCUCUUGACAUUGACCAUCGUUGGCCUGCAGUAA